AACAUUUUACGUAGCCAACCAGUGAGCACUGCAGUUGAGAUAGCCAGCUACGUAGCUGCCGUAGUUUCAAUGGUAACUACGCCAGCUUCACUCUUGGUGCAGAAACAAGACAUCAACUGCAGAUUAUGCAGAAGUACCCACUCGCCUAAAAUUGGGAUAGUAAUGUUUGUUUUUACGUUGCAGAUGUAAUUGAGUGCUUUGAUGUCCACAUUCGGUCUUACCGUCUAAGCGACCUCUUUAACCCGGAAUCUGAAAACAAUCUGUUCACUUGAGCCACAAAACAAGAAGUGAGAGAUGCCUCACGGCUCAGAUGAUGCCCGCAAGCAGUUCGUCCUCACCACGACAGGGAACUACUUCGGCCUAAAGCCGUCUGCAUCCCUGGUUGGGUCUGAGGAACUCAACAACUUCUUAGAUGAUGGGAACGAAUUCGUGCUUGCUGUCAACAAACACGAGAAUGACCUGUGCCUGUCAAACAAGAUUGAGGCUGGGUACAGCAGUGAGAAGGUGCUAGUGUUCUUCAAGCUGCGUCCCACAGUGAUAACAGAGGAGAACCUGCACCAGAAUGUCCUGGUGUCCUCCAUGCUAGAGUCUCCUAUCAGUACGCUCUACCAGGCCGUGCGACAGGUGUUCGCCCCUAUGCUACUCAAGGAUGAGCGGUGGAGCUCAGCAUUUGACCCGAAGCUUGCGGGCCUGCUAAGUGAGCUGGAGCAGGGGCUAGGCUCUGUGGUCCGCAGGGCUGGAACAGAAGACUCUGGCAAGAGGAGCCAAGGGGAAGAUGACAUCCUGGGUAUCCUGACCCCGGUGGAUGAAUUCCAGUACUGGGCUGAUCUCUCUGAGUCUGGGGACAGGAGCACUGUGAGAGAGAGGGCUGCACACUUCUCUGAGCUCUUCAAGCCCAUAGAGAAGGACUACAGUGGUCUGGAUGGUGUCUGUCUGGCUGAUGCUGUGGAGCUGGUGGAGGUGAGCAGAGACACACUGGAUGACGUGUGGAGGCAGAAUGACCAUGAUCCUUUUCCUGAGGCACGCAUGCUCAGACUCAUGGAUGUCAUCGGUGGUGCGCUGGGCAGGUACGUGCAGAAGAAACUGAGUGGUGUGAAACUCUUUUUGGACCCAUUCCUGUCUGUGAGGGAGAGCCUGAGAGUCGGCCUGGUCAUCUGUGAGCAGUGGGUGUCGGCCUGUGAGCACCUGAGUGGACAGGUGUGGAAGAGAUACGCCCCUUACCCCUGGAAGGGAGACAAGCAUCGCCCCCAGGCCCUGCACAGCCUGGCUCAGAGACUGGAUGAGGUGGUGACGAUCCGUACGGUCCAUGAGAAGCUGCUUCGUCUGCUGCCUGGAGGAAAACAGCAGGCCUUGGCCUCGGCUCGCGUCUUUGAACCCUUCUCUGGCCUCAACCCAUUACAUUACAACCCCUAUACUGAGCCUCUGUGGAGGGCGGCAGUAGCCCAGUUUGAGCGAGCCAUCGCCCCAGCAGAGCAGGAGGUGGCAGGCAGACUGAAGGCCUACAUCGCAGAUGUACAGGACAACCCACAGCAGCUGCUGCAGGUGUUUCAGAAGCACAAGGAGCUGAUCAGACGACCCAACGUCAGCAAGGAGCUGCAGUCAGAGAGAGAGACUCUGCUGGCCAGACUGCUGGAAUACAUCAAGGUGCUGCGGACAGACUUUGAGGGUCGUUGCCAUGGCGCCCCGGGAGAAAAGUCCGGCCCCCUGGCUGGCCGGAAUCUCCCUGAGGUCGUCAACAACAUUGUAUGGGUCCGCCAGCUUCUCCAUAAGGUGGAGGACUCCAUCAAGAUAGCGCAGGCUCUGCUGUCAGACCUGUCAGGGUUCCGCUCGUUCCUGCGGUUCUGUGACGACCUGCUGGAGGUUCUACGGGCCUACGAACAGGAACAGUUUGAUGACUGGUCCAGAGACAUCCUCUCUGGCCUCUCUGACCCCAAGUCUGGCAUCAGUCUUCAGGCCAGUAACCGUGUGAUGGAGCUGGACCAUAUAGAUGGGAAGCUGAAGAUCCAGUACUCUGACCGUCUGGUGACUCUGCUGAGGGAGGUCAGACAGCUGUCAGCCCUUGGCUUCCCCAUCCCAGCCAAGAUCCAGCAGGCUGCCAACACCGCAGACAAGUUCUACAGACAGGCCAUCAUCCUCAAACAGGUGGCCCAUUUCUACAACACCAUCGACCAGCAGAUGAUCUCCUCUCAGAGACCCAUGAUGCUCAGCUAUGCCCUGGCCUUUGAGCAGGUCAUCAAGCAGAGUCCACGGUCCCAAUCCCGGGAGUCUGGCGGGAAGCUGCAGAUCACCUGGGAUAAUCCCAAAGAGCUGGAGGUGUACAUUGGAAAACUCCAGUCUGCUGCAGAGAGACUCUCUACUGAGAACCGGAAACUGAGGAAGUGGCACACAGACUUCACUGAGAAGGUGGUGGCCCUGAUGACUGUGGACCUGCUGAGGCACCAGCAGCGCUGGAAGGACGGCUUACAGGAGCUACGCACCGGGUUCGCCACACUGGAGGCACAGGGGUUCAGGUCAGGGGAGAUGAAGGCCUGGAGACAGCACUGGAACCACCAGCUGUAUAAGGCUCUGGAACAUCAGUACCAGACUGGACUGGAGGCUCUCAACAAGAACCUGCCUGAGAUACACAUAGACCUCACUUUCAAGCAGGGUCGUCUUCAGUUCCGUCCUCCGUUUGAGGAGGUGAGGGCCAAGUACUUCAGAGAGAUGAAGCGGUUCAUCUCUGUCCCGAACCAGUUCAAAGGAGUCAGCGCCCAGGGUGAGGAGCUCAUCUUCAGCGUCAUGAUUGACAGGAACGCAUCAGGCUUCCUCACCAUCUUCAGCAAAGCAGAGGACCUCUUCAGCCGGCUGCUGGGCGUGCAGGACACGUUUAAGGAGUGGGUGGUGCUGGGCCAGGUUGACAUGGACGUGUUGGUGGAGAAGCAGCUAUCGUCUGUCCAGGACUGGGAGAGGAACUUUAAGGCGUUGAAGGCCAGAGGGAAGGAGUCAGAACGCCUGCCCAGUCUGGAGAAGGUUGACUGUAUCUCAGUGAACUGUGAGCCAGUAAAGGCAGUGAUUGAUGACCUCAUCCAGAGACUGUUUGACACCCUGCUGAUGUCCCUCAGAAAGUCCAUACAAGGCCAUACCCUAGACAUAGACAGUUUUGUGACUGAGGCCAUGGAGACGUUGUCCUCUCGUCCAGAGAGUAUUGAUGAGAUAGGAGAGGCCAAUGCCAGACACAGCCAGAUACAGGCCCGCAAACCAGACAUCCUGCUCCAGUUCCAGGCGGCGCAGGAGAAGAACCGUCUGCUGAGGGCCGUAGCAGGAGGCGGUCUGGAUUCUCUGUCCUCCCUCAGGGCCAAGUGGGACAAACUAGAGCUGAUGAUGGAGAGCCACCAGCUGAUGAUCAAAGACCAGGUCGAGGUGAUGCGUAGUAAUGCUGAGAGUCGUGUCCAGGCCUACAGGCUGGAGCUGGACAGGUUCAGGGCUCGCUGGGACCAGCUGAAGCCCAGAGACGAGGUCAUAGAGACAGGAGACCAGGCAGCCCUGCUUGCCUCUGUCCAAACCAUCAGAGACAAGAGACAGGAGUUCCAAGAGCUGGAGGUCACACGCACACGCCUGCUUGAGGACUGUCGUCACUUUGAGCUGGAGGCUCCAAACUUCUCCCUGGCGGAGGAGACCAUCAGAGACAUGGAGGAGUACGGACAGAUGUGGUCUCUGUAUGAGGACUGGCAGGAGGGCUUCCAGGAGAAGGCCAAGGAGGACUGGAUCACAUUCAGGAGUAAGACCUACGUGUUUGAGGAGUUCCUGUUUGCGUGGCAGGACAGACUGAGGAAGCUUGAGCAGCACACCAGCAUGUCUGUCAAACUACAGAGAGAAGUUGACAAGUACAAGAGUCUGGUUCCGGUGUUAAAGUACGUGCGAGGGGAGCACCUAUCCCAGGACCACUGGUUGGAUCUGUUCAGACUGUUGGGUCUUCCUAAAGGCACCACCCUGGAGAGACUGACCUUCUGGGAUCUCCUCAGUGUGUCUGACACCAUCACUGACCGAGCCCUGGAGCUCAAGGACCUGAACAGCAGGGCCCAGGCGGAGGUGACCAUCAGAGAGGCUCUCAGGGAGCUGGACCUGUGGGGGGCUGGAGCUGCCUUCACCCUUACGGAGUAUACAGACAGCACCGGACACACACUCACACUCAUCAAGGACUGGAAGGACAUGGUCAACCAGGUUGGUGAUAACCGCUGCCUGCUGCAGUCUCUGAAGGACUCUCCAUACUACCGCGGCUUCCAGGACAAGGUCAGUCUGUGGGAGGUGCGUCUGUCUGAUCUAGAUGAGUACCUGGUCAGUCUGAAUGCCAUCCAGAGGCGUUGGGUCUACCUGGAGCCCAUCUUUGGACGGGGGGCUCUGCCCAGGGAACAAGCCCGUUUCAAACGUGUCGACGAGGACUUCAGGUCCAUUUUGGCUGAUGUCCAGAGAGACAACAGGGUGACGUCUCUGAGCUCUCGGGCUGGCAUCAGAAACUCCCUCAUCACCAUCUUAGACCAGCUCCAGCGUUGCCAGAAAUCACUCAACGAGUUCCUAGAGGAGAAGCGUUCUGCCUUCCCGCGGUUCUACUUCAUUGGAGAUGAUGACCUGCUGGAGAUUCUGGGCCAGGCCACCAACCCCACUGUGAUACAGUCACACCUCAAGAAGCUGUUUGCUGGCAUCGACAGUGUGGACUUUGACGGGGACUGCCAGCACAUCGUGGCCAUGCGUUCUCUAGAGGGAGAGGUGGUGGCCCUCAGGAACCUCAUACGUAUCUCCAACAGCGUAGAGGUGUGGCUAGGUGAGCUGUCUGCUGAGAUGAAGGAGACUCUGAAGCAGCUGCUGUAUGAGUGUGUGUCAGCGGGGAGGAAAGGACAGGUGGACCCGUCCCGCUACCCCUCUCAGAUCCUGUGCUUGGCAGAGCAGAUCCAGUUCACUGAGGAGGUGGAGAGUGGUCUGAGAAACAGCAGUCUGCAGCCGCUGGAGGUGGAGCUCACCGCUAAGCUGGAGCACUACACCAGCGUAGACACCAGCUCUGAGGAGACGGGAAACACAGAGUCAAGUGUGUUGCAGCUGAAGCUGAAGGCUCUGAUCCUGGACAUCAUCCAUAACAUCAGUGUGGUGAAGCAGCUGUGUGAGGCGGGAGUGAGCAGCCCUGACUCCUGGGCCUGGAGGAAACAGCUCCGUUUCUACCUCAACAACGACAAAUGCUGCUCCAUACAGAUGGUUGACGCUCUCUUCAGCUACACAUACGAGUACCAGGGUAAUGCGUCUAAGCUGGUCCACACCCCCCUGACUGAUAAGUGUUAUCUGACCCUGACCCAGGCCAUGAUGAUGGGUUUGGGGGGAAACCCCUACGGCCCUGCCGGCACCGGCAAGACUGAGUCAGUCAAAGCACUGGGGGGCCUGUUCGGAAGACAAGUACUGGUCUUCAACUGUGAUGAGGGUAUAGAUGUGAAGUCUAUGGGGCGUAUCUUUGUGGGGCUGGUGAAGUGUGGAGCGUGGGGCUGCUUUGAUGAGUUCAACCGCCUGGAGGAGGCUGUGCUGUCUGCAGUGUCCAUGCAGAUACAGGCCAUCCAGAACUCACUGAAGAACCACAGGACCAGCUGUGAGCUGCUGGGCAAGGAGGUGGAGUUGGACCCUAACUCGGGGGUGUUUAUAACAUUGAAUCCAGCUGGGAAGGGUUAUGGAGGGAGACAGAAGCUGCCUGACAACCUGAAGCAGCUGUUCAGGCCCGUGGCCAUGUCCCGACCAGACAACGAGCUCAUCGCUGAGGUCAUCCUCUACUCAGAGGGCUUCAAAGACGGAGAGAUACUGGGACGCAAGCUGGUCGCCAUCUUCAACCUCGCCAGGGAGCUGUUGACCCCCCAGCAACACUAUGACUGGGGUCUGAGGGCUCUGAAGACGGUGCUGAGAGGCUGUGGCAGACUGCUGCAGCAGCAGAGGAGGAGUGAGGCCAAGAACAAGAUCAAGGAGAGUGUUCUGGUGGUGCAGGCACUGAGGUUGAACACCAUGUCAAAGCUGACAUUUGCAGACAGCAGCAGGUUUGAUGCCUUGGUCCAAGAUGUGUUCCCUGGGGUGGGUUUUACUGACGUGGAGGACCAGACCCUCAGCCACGCACUGCAGGCCGUCUACGAGGAGGCACACCUCGAACUCAUACCCAGCCAGAUGAAGAAGGCUCUGGAGCUGUGUGAGCAGUUGAGACAGCGUAUGGGAGUGGUGAUCGUAGGUCCCAGCGGGGCAGGUAAAUCUACUCUGUGGAGGAUGCUGCGUGCCGCCCUGGGCAGGACAGGCAGGGUGGUGAAGCAGUAUACAGUGAACCCCAAAGCCAUGCCCCGCCAGCAGCUGCUGGGUCACAUAGACAUGGACACUAGGGAGUGGACUGACGGGGUGCUCACAAACAGCGCCAGACAGGUGGUCAGAGAACCACAGGAGGUGAGCUCGUGGAUCAUCUGUGACGGGGACAUAGACCCAGAGUGGAUCGAGUCGUUGAACUCAGUGUUGGAUGACAACCGUCUGCUGACCAUGCCCAGUGGAGAGAGGAUCCAGUUUGGACCCAACGUCAACUUUGUCUUUGAGACCAACGACCUCAGCUGUGCCUCACCAGCCACAAUCUCACGCAUGGGCAUGAUUUUCCUCAGUGAUGAGGACACAGAUGUGAGUGCGUUGGUCAAGUCGUGGCUGAAGGGUCAGCCUGAUGAGUGUCGCAGUAACCUGGAGAACUGGAUGGGAGACUACUUCCACAGAGGCCUUGACUGGGUGCUUAAACAGAAUGACUUGGUGGUGGAGACCAGUCUGGUAGGAACGGUGUUGAACGGUCUGUCCCACCUGAGUGGAGUGACAGAGCGUGGUCAGUUUGUGGUUAGUCUCAUCAGAGGGCUGGGCGGGAACCUCAACCUCAAAUCAAGACAGGACUUCGCCAAGGAGGUGCUGGUCUGGGCUAGAGAGAGCCCUCCUGACCCGAGGAAGCCCCUGGACACCUACUAUGACCCUGAGUCUGGCCGGCUGUGUGUGUACACUCUGGAACGUUCUGACGGCCUCAGCCUGGAAGAGCUCACACACACUCACACACUCCCGGUCAUCCAGACCCCCGACAUGCAGAGAGGACUGCACUGCUUCUCCCACUGGCUCUCCUCCCAGCACAGACAACCCUUCAUACUGGUGGGGCCUGAGGGCUGUGGCAAGGGUAUGCUGCUGCGCUAUGCGUUCUCUCGGCUGCGUUCCACCCAGGUAGCGGUGGUCCACUGUAGCGCCCAGACCUCGUCUCGUCACGUCCUCCAGAAGCUCAGUCAGACCUGCCUGCUGCUCAGUUCCAACACGGGACGGGCCUACAGACCCAAACACUGUGAGAACCUGGUCCUCUACCUCAAAGACAUCAACCUGCCCAAGCCUGACAAGUGGGGCACCAGCAACCUCAUAGCCUUCUUACAGCAGGUGCUGACGUACCAUGGGUUCUAUGAUGAGAACCUGGAUUGGGUGGGUCUGGAGAACGUCCAGGUGGUGGCCUCCAUGUCAGCAGGAGGCGCUGUGGGACGACACACACUCACCUCCCGCUUCACCUCCAUUGUGCGCAUCUGCACCAUAGAUUAUCCAGACAGGGAGCAGCUCCAGACCAUCUACUCAGCGUACCUGCAGCCUGUUCUCCAGAGGAGCCUUGGGAGCCAGGCAGCCUGGGCCAGCACUGGGAAAACACACCAGCUAGCAGGGUCUCUGGUACAGGUCUAUGAACAGGUGAAGGCGAAGUUCACGGUGGAUGACCACAGUCACUACCUGUUCACUCCGUGUGUCCUCACCCAGUGGGUGCUCAGCCUGCUGCGAUACGACCUGUCCGCAGGGAACUGUAAUAUAACAGACUCAGUGUUGGAGGUGGUAGCCUAUGAGGCCAAGAGGCUGUUCAGAGACAGACUGGUCUCCUCUAAAGACAUCCAUUCCUUUGACAACAUCCUCUCCUCUGUCAUACGAGGUGACUGGGGCUCCGACGCACUCGACAACAUGACAGAUGAUUUCUAUGUGACGUGGGGUGCGUCUGAGGGAGGGGGAGUGAUGGCCCCUGGUCAGUCCCUGCCCCCCCAUGGUAAAUCUCUGGGACGCCUCGACUUUGCCGAUCUACGCCAGGUCAUACACAAGGGAGCGGUCCUGUAUGGUCGUGACAACAGGGAGUUGGAUCUGCUGUUGUUCUGGGAGGUGUGUCACUUUGUGUCUCGUGUGGACCGUGUCCUAAGUCGACCGGGCGGCUCUCUGCUCCUGGCCGGACGCAGCGGGGUGGGCCGACGCACCGCCACAUGCCUGGUCUCACACAUGCAUGGAUACACACUCUACACACCCAAGAUCUCCCGCGGAUACUCACUCAAACACUUCAACAAUGACCUGAAGAACGUGAUGCAGCUGGCAGGUCUGGAGGGCCAACAGGUGGUGCUGUUGCUGGAGGAUUAUCAGUUUGUCCACCCAGCCUUUCUGGAGAUGGUCAACAGCCUGCUGUCCUCUGGUGAGGUUCCAGGCCUGUACUCCCCAGAGGAGCUGGAGCCCCUCCUCUCCUCUCUCAAAGAUCCUGCAUCCCAGGACGGAUUCACCGGACCCCUCUUCAACUACUUUGCCUACCGAAUCCAGCAGAACCUACACAUAGUGUUGAUCAUGGACUGCACCAACUCUAACUUCACCAUUAGCUGUGAGAGCAACCCGGCUCUCUACCGCAGGUGUUCCGUCCAGUGGAUGGACGGAUGGUCUGAGAGCAGCAUGAAGAAGAUCCCUGAGAUGCUGCUGGCUAAGGUGGAGGGGGAGAAGAGUGGAGGAGAGAAAGGCCACAAGAGAAAAGGCUCAGCGUCGUGUCAGGGUGAUCUGUGUCGCUCCUUCCUGAUGAUCCAUGAGUCUUGUAGAGAAUAUGGAGCCACACCCAGCCAGUACAUGGCCUUCCUCCACGUCUACACCUCAAUUUACAGCAGCAAACAGAGCCAGCUCACUCUCAGACAGCAACAUCUACAGGCGGGCGUGUCUAAGCUGAACGAAGCGAAGGCAUUGGUGGAUGAGCUGAAGAGGCGGGCCGCUGAGCAGAGCACUCUGCUGAGGACCAAACAGCAGGAGGCCGACUCAGCCUUGCAGGAGAUCACCACCUCUAUGCAGAAUGCCAGUGACCAGAAGACUGAGAUGGAGAAAAUCAAAGGGAAGAUUGCUCAGGAGGUGUCUAAGUGUGAAGAGAGGAAGGGGAAAAUAGAUGACGAGCUGAGAGAAGUACAGCCCCUUGUGGAUGAGGCUAAGCGAGCUGUGGGGAACAUCAAGCCAGAGUCUCUUUCAGAGAUCCGCUCCCUGAGGAUGCCUCCUGACGUUAUCAGAGACAUCCUGGAGGGGGUGCUGCGACUCAUGGGCAUAUUCGACACCUCCUGGGUCAGCAUGAAGAGUUUCCUGGCUAAGAGGGGGGUGAGAGAGGACAUAGCCACAUUUGAGGCGAGGAACAUCAGUCACGAGAUCCGUCAGAGUGUGGAGGAGCUACUGACCAGAAACAAGGCCUCCUUCGACCCCAAGAAUGCUAAGCGUGCAAGUGCUGCGGCUGCUCCGCUGGCAGCCUGGCUGAAGGCCAACGUACAGUACUCACACGUCCUGGAGAGGAUACAGCCACUGGAGAGAGAACAGGCUGGACUACUGGAGAACUUGAGGAAGACAGAGAGUCGGAAGACUAAACUGGAGGAGCAGCUCAACUCUGUGGGGCAGAAAGUCAACGAGCUGAAAGAAAAGUUCCAGUCUCGUACUACAGAGGCAGCUAAGCUGGAGGCUGAGGUCAGUAAGGCCCAGGAGACCAUCCAGGCAGCAGAGCAACUCAUACACCAACUGGACGGAGAACACACACGCUGGAAUGCCCAGGUGGAUGAGAUCACUGAGGAGUUGGAUACGUUGCCUAAGAGAGCGAUGCUGGCAGCAGCCUUCAUCACAUACCUGUCUGCUGCUCCAGAGGACAGGAGACGAAACAGCCUGGAGACAUGGAUGAAGGCUUCUGGACUACAGAAGUUUGACCUGCGGCACUUCCUGUGCUCUGAGAGUGAGCAGCUGAUCUGGAAAAGUGAAGGCCUACCCUCAGAUGACCUGUCUAUGGAGAACGCCCUGGUUAUACUACAGAUCAGUGCGAUCAAAUCACGGAGUGUUGCUUGUCCGUUCCUCAUCGACCCCUCCUCUCGGGCUACAGAGUGGCUCCAUACUCACCUGAAGCAGCAUCGCCUCGAGGUCAUCAACCAGCAGGACCCGAACUUCAUCACGUCUCUGGAGUUGGCUGUGCGUUUUGGGAAAACGCUGAUCAUCCAGGAGAUGGAUGGAGUGGAGCCGGUACUCUAUCCACUACUGAGGAGAGACCUGAUAGCACAGGGUCCGCGGUACGUGGUUCAGAUAGGUGAUAAGGUGAUAGAUUAUAACGAGGAGUUUCGUCUGUUCCUGGCCACGCGUAACCCCUCCCCCUUCAUCCCCCCCGACGCUGCCUCUGUCGUCACUGAGGUCAACUUCACCACCACCAGAGCUGGCCUGCGGGGACAGCUCCUAGCUCUGACCAUCCAGCAGGAGAAGCCAGAGUUAGAGACCCAGAAGACCCGUCUGUUACAGCAGGAGGAGGACAAGAAGAUCCAGCUAGCCACGCUGGAAGAGUCUCUGUUAGAGACUUUGGCUACAGCUCAGGGGAAUAUCCUGGAGAAUAAGGAGCUGAUCGACUCUCUGAACCAGACCAAGUCUAGCAGCGCCCUCAUACAGGACUCACUGAGGGAGUCACACAGACUCCAGGCCUCCCUGGACCAGGAGCGUGAUGCCUACCUGCCGUUAGCUGAAAGUGCCAGUAAGAUUUAUUUUGUCAUAACGGACCUCUCUAGGAUCAACAACAUGUACCGGUUCAGCCUGGCCUCUUUCCUACGCCUGUUUCAGAGAGCACUGCAGAGCAAGAAGGAGGCAGAGACUACGGAGGCCAGGAUAGCAGCCCUGGAGGCCAGUCUGAAGAGCAUGGUGUACGAAUACGUCUGCCGCUCACUCUUCAAGGCUGACCAGCUGAUGUUUGCCAUGCACUUUGUCAGAGGGAUGCACCCAGACCUCUUCCAAGAGAAUGAGUGGGAUGCCUUCACUGGCCUCGUAGUAGGGGAUAUGGUGAGAAAGGCGGAUACCCAGAAAUCUUUGCGGGAGCAGAUUCCUUCCUGGAUUGAUCAAGAGAGACUUGGAGCUGUAGCCAUGUUCAAGAGUACGUUCCCAGGCCUGUACCAGUCUCUGUGUCUGAGUGACUCGGAUCUCUGGCUCUCCUUCUCACGGAGCUCGAACUGUGAACAGGAAGUCCCGCCCUCCAUUGCCAAGAAGAUCAAACCGUUCCAGCAGGUACUGUUGGUUCAGGCCAUCAGGCCAGAUAGACUACAGAGUGCCAUGGCUGCCUUCACCUCGCAGGCCCUGGGUGAGUGUGUGUGAGUGUGUGUGUGUGAGUGAUCCCUUCCGUCCGACAUAAAUCUGUCUGUCGAGUAAAAGUGUCAUCAGUAGUGCUGAUUAAUCCAUCCUAAAGACACACGCCGUAAACACAGCAGAGGUCAACCGCAUCGGCUGCAUCUCUUCUCACUGCAGACGCAAUGCAGUGAGUCAGCACUUUAUCUUCUUAUGGCUGCAAUCCCGUCAACGGGAUGAUAUGACAACAGCCAGUGAAAGUGCAGGGCGCCAAAUUCAAACAACAGAAAUUGCAAAAAUUCAAAUUCCUCAAACAUACAUGUAUCUUAUACCAUUUUAAAGGUAAUCGUGUUGUUAAUCCCACCAAAGUGUCCGAUUUCAAAUAGGCUUUUCAGCGAAAGCACCACAAACGAUUAUGUUAGGUCACCGCAAAAUCACAGCCAAACACAGUUAUUUUUCCAGCCAAAGACAGGAGUCACAAAAAGCCGAAAUAGAGAUAAAAUGAAUCACUAACCUUUGAUGAUCUUCAUCAGAUGACACUCAUAGGACUUCAUGUUACAGAAUACAUAUAUGUUUAGUUCGAUAAAGUUUAUAUUUAUAUCCAAAAACCUCGGUUUAGUUUGCGCCAUGUUCAGAAAUGCCUCCAAAAUAUCCGGGAAAAUUACAGAGAGCCACAUCAAAUAACAUAAAUACUCAUCAUAAACUUUGAUGAAAGAUACAUGUUUUGCAUAGAAUUAAAGAUACACUUGUUCUUAAUGCAACUGCUGUGUCAGAUUUCAAAAAGCUUUACGGCAAAAGCACAAUAUUCAAUAAUCUGAGAACAGCGUUCAGCCACAAAAGGAAGCCAUACAGUUACCCGCCCUGACUUUUUCCUGUCUCCUUCUGCCCCACUUCACAGUAGAGGCAUCAGACAAGGUUCUACAGACUGUUGACAUCUAGUGGAAGCCGUAGGAAGUGCAAACUCAUCCAUAUCCCACUGUUUGUUCAAUAGCGGUGUGUUGAAAAUCUACCAACCUCAGAAUUCCCACUUCCUGUUUGGAUUUUUUCUCAGGUUUUUGCCUGCCAUAUGAGUUCUGUUAUACUCACAGACAUCAUUCAACCAGUUUUAGAAACUUCAGAGUGUUUUCUAUCCAAUACUAAUAAUAAUAUGCAUAUAUUAGCAACUGGGACUGAGGAGCAGGCAGUUUACUCUGGGCACCUUUUCAUCCAUGCUACUCAAUACUGCCCCUGCAGCCAUAAGAAGUUAUACAACUGAUGUAUUUGAGGAGUCAUCAGUCCAUAUAACACACACACACACACACACACACACACACACACACACACACACACACACACACACACACACACACACACACACACACACACACAAACACGUGAGCACACACCUGCAGAGAGAAAGAGACUAUACUCACAUACGGUUCCUGUACUCCAUGAAUGGAGUUGCCUGAUACAGCAACGAUAGGGGACGUGUACAGUGAUUCAUAGACCGUCAUUACUCUUAAUUUGCCACUAACAGACACACACAGACACACACACACACACACACAGACACGUGAACGCACACUGAGGAUGAAGCACAGUAAAUUCAUCUCUAGCCAUUUCUCUUCAUUUGACACACACUCACGCGCACACACACACACAUGGCUAUAUGCACACACACAUCCAAACCUCCGUAAUCUAUCAGCGGUGUUUGUGUGUUUGUGUGUGUGUGCAGACCUGCUGAAUAUGUGGUGAUUUCUCUUCAUUAUGCCAGCGGGCUCAGAGGGGAACACAAAGCGAUAUGAUUGGACGAUUAGCCCCAUGGAGGGAGAACAGAUUGGCUGUAAUUCACUGGAGUCACGGAGGUCUGACGAGGUUUCUCCUGCAUGCGUACCUGCAAGUGUGUUUGCUUGCAUGUGUUUCUUACGUCUUCAAAGUAGAUUUCAGACCCUCAGUCUUGGAGAGAUUCCUCAUUGACGUGUUAGGUCAGCAGUGUUACUGUUAAUGCACCUUUACUAAGGGCCAUAUUUUGCUAUGCUGUCAUCAACAGAGUUUAGUAGUUGGGUCCCAACAUUUGGUUCUUGUGUCACUUUGUUGCAUUUAGUGUCUGUCGUAAGCAACAUUAGUUGACAACUGCUGUGUACUGAUAUGAUGGAUUGUAUGUAUUCAUUGAACUGGUUGAGCAUUUGUCCAUCUUCCCAUGUUGGCUCGAUUCCAGUGGUCAAAUUAUUGUUUCUCUAGAAUUUCCACUACUAUAAAACUUAAAUUAAUAGCCCAGGCUUUUAUUUGCUUGAAACACUGAACAGAACAUGAGCUUAUUUGAGACAGGCUUCUAUUUGAGACAGGCUUCUAUUUGAGACAGGCGUCAAAUUGUUUAAUUUUUACCUUUAUUUAACUAGGCAAGUCAGUUAAGAACAAAUUCUUAUUUUCAAUGACGGCCUAGGAACAGUGGCAGAACGACAGAUUUUUACCUUGUCAGUUCGGGGAUUCGAUCUUGCAACCUUUCGGUUACUAGUCCAGCGCUCUAACCACUAGGCAACCUGCCGCCCCAAUUCCUUAAUGCUAAUCAAUUUCUUCAUUUUCUGCUCUAAUAUGUUAUCAUUUACACACUGUGUCACAUUUCUUUUGUCUUAGUAUGCCUCAAUAAAUAAAACUACUUUUUCUCUACUAAUUAUUCUCCUGACUGUGCGUUUUGGUCAGUUCCUACUGUCACCACUAGGGGGCGAUCAGCCAAAUCCUAGGGUUCUGUACUCCUGAAGUUGUUGACUGUUUCUGUGCUUGCCAGUUAGCUAGCAGUACUCAGCAGUAAGCAGCCAGUGGCUAGCAGUUUCUUACUGGUGAUAACAAUUGAUGAUUGGUAUAAUUUUUUCUAGGCAUUACGGAAUUAUUUUAUGUAACAAAUCGAACAUUAAACCUUGUGAACAAUUCAUGGUAAUUCAUGGUAACCUCGUAAACAAUUUAUUUUGAGAAACGAGUGUUAAAAUUAAAUGUGUGACAUUGCCCGGCUAUUAAAAGGGACACGUCUAUUUGGUACUCAGCGUUUAAUUUCCAUUUUUACGGUAUUUUCUCGAAAGAAACAGCCGCACAUUCCAGUCAUUCCUCUCAGGACGUUAUCCUUGACUGGACAAUCUUUCCUACCAUAUCUGCUGCUCUAUUCUCCCCCUCUGCCAUCUACCUCCCUGGCUAUUUCUCUUUUACGUCUCCUCUCAAUCUAUACCUCUGGUUUUCCUCCAUCUCUUUCCUUUCAUUUCUUCCUCAGUCUGUCGU